AUGCCUGUCGCAAGCCUCUUCGAGCUGGCUCGACAGCGCCUCAUCAAGAAUAUCGAUAUGCUCCGCGACGUCGGCGAUCUACCCUACUCCUUCCUCCAGCCAGUCCUCCGAUUCAUACAGAGCCCCGAUCAGUUGCUCGAACUCGAGGCCAACUGCCCACAAUUACUUGGCGAGACGGGCGAGAUAUGGCUUCGCUUUAUCAAGCGAGACAUUCCGAACUGGGAGACGAAGCCCCAUGAGCCGCGCGAUCCUCGAAACUGGAGCAAGGUGUAUCGCAAGUUGAAGAAAGAUGCAGAACUGGAGAUAGAGGCGGAUAAAGAGGCCCUCAAACAGCAGAUGCAAGCGCUGCAGAAAGAUCGCGGACAGAACAAGACCUUGAUUGUCGAGACCAGGUUUGGAUACGGUGCCGGCGCAAGCAAGAUGUUCACUGGACGCACUACCAGCAGCUGGGGGCAACCGUCGGGUGCACCUUCAAAGACGGGCAAAGCCGCUUUCGACAAGCUGAAGCGCGGCAUGUUCGACCAUGGCCGUGAGCGCCCGAAAGCGAGCCAAAUUCCAGCACAUCUUCUAGCUCAGCGAAAGACCAACGUCAGGCAAGCACCAGCAAGGAUGGUCCGAAUGGCGGAGAAUGAGGCUCCGAAAAGUAUGGUAGUGUCCAACCAAGCUUCGGCGUCCGUUUCCAAGAAGCCUGACACUCAGCCCGCGCCGUCACUAUCCGCGAAUCGUCCGACCAUUACACAGAGGCCUGCACCGCAGCAACGCAAUGCGCCGCCACCACCCGCGCGGACCUCCUUACCGCCUGGGAUGCACUUCAGCGCACCCAAGCCGAAGCCGACGAAUGCGCAGGCAGCGGCCGAUCCGGCGCCGAAGAGGAAGAGGGUAGAAUACAACAUGUUUCAUACAAAGAAGAGGAAGAUUUAG